GUUGUCGAAACGUCUUCUGUGCAGCGGCGGACAAUGUGGGUGAGCCUUGUGAGGAGAAUGAGCAAUGUACGGCUUUCCUGAUGACGGCGACGUGUGGAGCAGACGGACUCUGCACUUGCUCCCCUGGCUACCACCACAUCACGCCCAACAGCAGGUGUUUCAGGGACGUUGGGUUGGGUGAUACAUGCGAAGAAAGUGCGGAGUGCCUUGUGUCAUCUGCGGCGUGUAGCUUAGGCAGAUGUCAGUGUGAACAGGGCUUCAGUCCCAGUGAAGACAACAGCAAAUGCAUUGGUGAAAAUGGACAGGAACCAUCUCAGUACUCCUUACGUGUUCUGGUGAUCACAUUCGUUCUGCCAAAAAUGUCUGAGUACUUCAAAUGCUCAUUAUAAACAACUACAAGAUGAUUGAAACCGUUUCCAUGACCGUGUGUAUAUAGCAUUAUUUAUUCCGUUUGAUGGUCGUGAAGUUGCAACCAAAUCAGGCUUCCAGCAACACAACAUUACUCUACACUAUUAACGAGUUAGCAAAAAAGAAAAACAACUUUUGAGAUUUUCAGGAUGUUGAUUCUUCCGGCUGUGGUCUUCUGGGUUGUUAUGCGUAUCAUCAUACACAUCACUUCGGCCUUGAAUAUAUAGGUAGCAUGUUUUCCCGAAAUGUUGUUAUACAAGACUACAUGCUGUCUCAACCCAGAAGACCACAGUUUGAUAUUAACAGAAAGAUUGAGUUUCGCAUCUGUGGAGAGUAUUUCUAAUAAGAUCUCUCAAACACGUGUAUUAGCAGAGGCUUGCACGCCAAUACUUGAAGGCGUUGUUUAUGACAAAAUGUUAAGUACAACU